AUGGCAACUUCAUCUGAAGAAGUUCUGUUGAUUGUGAAGAAGGUGCGACAGAAGAAGCAGGAUGGAGCUCUGUACCUCAUGGCAGAAAGAAUUGCUUGGGCACCUGAAGGCAAAGAUAGAUUUACCAUCAGCCAUAUGUAUGCAGAUAUCAAAUGCCAGAAAAUCAGUCCAGAAGGAAAAGCGAAAAUUCAGCUUCAACUGGUCCUGCAUGCAGGGGACACAACUAACUUCCAUUUUUCCAAUGAAAGCACAGCAGUGAAAGAGCGAGAUGCAGUGAAAGACCUUCUUCAGCAACUGCUUCCCAAAUUCAAGAGGAAAGCAAAUAAAGAACUGGAAGAGAAAAACAGAAUGCUGCAAGAAGAUCCUGUUUUGUUUCAGCUUUAUAAAGACCUUGUUGUGAGUCAAGUCAUCAGUGCUGAGGAAUUCUGGGCCAAUCGUUUGCAUGUGAACACAGCAGAGAGUUCUUCCACGUCUAACCAUAAGCAGGAUGUUGGCAUUUCUGCAGCAUUUCUGGCUGAUGUCCGACCCCAGACAGAUGGAUGUAAUGGUUUGAGAUACAAUUUAACAUCUGAUAUCAUUGAGUCCAUUUUUAGGACCUAUCCAGCAGUAAAAAUGAAAUAUGCAGAAAAUGUUCCCCACAACAUGACAGAAAAGGAAUUCUGGACACGUUUCUUUCAGUCCCAUUAUUUCCACAGGGACCGGCUGAACACAGGGUCAAAGGACCUCUUUGCAGAAUGUGCCAAAAUAGAUGAAAAAGGGUUAAAAACAAUGGUUUCAUUAGGAGUGAAAAACCCGCUACUUGACUUAACAGCUUUGGAAGAUAAACCAUUAGAUGAGGGCUAUGGCAUUUCCUCUGUGCCAUCUACUUCUAAUUCUAAAUCCAUCAGAGAGAAUAGUAAUGCUGCCAUCAUCAAGAGAUUUAACCAUCACAGUGCCAUGGUCCUGGCAGCAGGUCUCAGGAAACAAGAAGCACAAAAGGAGCAAAAUGGCGAGCCCAGCAGCAUUGAUGGACAUUCCGGAGAUGUAGAUUGCCUUCAGCCAGCAAUCAAAAGGGCGAAGUUACAAGAAUCCAUUGAAUAUGAAGACUUGGGAAAAAAUAAUUCCAUAAAAACAAUUGCACUAAACCUCAAGAAGUCAGAUAGGUAUUAUCAUGGUCCAACUCCAAUCCAGUCGCUGCAGUAUGCAACCAGUCAGGACAUUAUUAAUUCCUUUCAAAGUAUUAGAGAAGAAAUGGAAGGUUACACGCCCAGGUUAACUCAGGUUCUCUCCAGUAGUGCUGCCAGUAGCACCAUCACAGCCCUGUCCCCUGGAGGAGCACUGAUGCAGGGAGGGACACAGCAAGCCAUAAACCAGAUGGUGCCAAAUGAUAUUCAGUCUGAAUUGAAACACCUAUAUGUGGCUGUUGGGGAACUUCUACGGCACUUCUGGUCCUGUUUUCCUGUUAAUACGCCAUUCCUAGAAGAAAAGGUAGUGAAAAUGAAAAGUAAUUUGGAACGAUUCCAAGUUACAAAGCUCUGCCCAUUCCAAGAAAAAAUUCGGAGACAGUAUUUAAGCACAAAUUUGGUUAGUCACAUAGAGGAGAUGCUCCAGACAGCCUACAACAAGCUCCACACGUGGCAGUCACGGCGUCUGAUGAAGAAAACGUGA